AUGGAGGACAUGAUGCAGGGCAAUAAGAUCAGACGAGUUGCAGCUACUCGCAUGAAUGAGAGGUCAUCUCGAUCACACACGAUUUUCCGGAUUAUUCUGGAGUCGAAAGAUGCCAAUCAGAAAGAUGGACCUGUACAUAUAAGCUACCUUAACUUAAUGGACUUAGCUGGUUCUGAGAGAGUUUCUCUGACGAAAGCUGCUGGUGAGCGUCUUAAAGAGGGGGCUAACAUAAACAAAUCUUUGUCAGUAUUAGGAAAUGUGAUAAGGCAACUAAGCGAGGGGAAGGAGUUUCUUGGCGUUAUAUUGAAAUCUACAAUGAAAAGAUCAAUGACCUCCUGGAUAAGAGCAAUCAGGGUUAACUAUAGAGAAGAUAUCAAACGUAAUGUGCUGCUUGAUGCAAGGGAAGCUGUCGUAGACAAUGUUGAUCAAGUUAUGGAGACAUGA